AUGAAUCAAACAACUAUCGAUGGUCGUACAAUACAACUAAGAAAACCUUAUUGGCCCUAUCGAAAUAAUGGCUAUUAUGCAGAUGAUUCAUUUCAUCAAAAUUCCGAACGAAAAAGGCAAGCUGGUUGGGGUAAACGUCAUUAUCUAACAACGGAAGAUGAUAAUGACGAUAUGCUACUUCAUCAUGUAUAUGGUCUACAUGAUGAUUCAGCUCAUAAUUGGUUUGACGAUAAAUGA